AUGGCCUCCGGGCGCUGGGCAGAACCCCAACAGCCUCCCUUGGCCGGCUCAGAGUCGAAAGAUGCCAGGGGAUAUCCGCGUGUUCACCUCUUGGCCCAUUUGCUGGUUGCGGAAAGGGGAACCAUCGUGUGUGCGGGAGAUGCAGGCAGCUUUCUCGACCUGGCAGAAGGGAGCCCCAAGGAGAAGCGCUUUGGGGUCCGAGGGCUGCCGGUGGUGGCUGGAAGACCCCCUCCCCGCUCCCGGGGCGGUUCGGCGCAUCCCUCUGUCUGUCCGGAACCGUCUGGCCCUUCCUGGCCUGGCUGGGAAUACCGUCCCUGCUCGCCCCACCCUUCCCGGCCCCUCCGCCUGGAAACCUUGCGGGGCCGCGGGCCAAACGCGCAGCAGAACCGGGCAGGGUCCGGAGCCCCCUCGUGCGGCUCCGGCCCUGUCCCCGGGCUGCCGCGGCUGAUCCGGGAAAGCCCCGGGAGCCCCCGCCCAGCAGAGCGCAGCCCCCUCCGGGCUGAUCACGACUCUCGCCGGGAAGCCCGGCGUGGCCCGCCCCCAGCCCCCGGCGCCCGCGGGAACGAGCGUCCGAGCGGGGCGGGGGCGAGGGGCGGCGCGUCGCCGGCCGAGCGGAUACGGUUCAGGGGCUGCCGGAUGCGGCCGGACCUCAGUCCAGGCAGCAGCGCUGGUUCGGCCGGACCGCCGCCCGCUCGGUCACUUCGCGCGCGCCGCCGCCGCCGCGCUCUGCAAGGCGCCGGGAAGGGGCCGCUCGCCGGCCGGAGGAGGAGAUGCUCGGCCCGGUACCACUGCUUGCCCCCGCCCGCGCGUGACCCCGAGGCCGAGCCAUACCGGGCUACCCGGGAAGCCCGGCGUGCCUCUGCGCGUGUGCAGAGCGUCUCAGCCAGGCUCGCGGCAGCCUUCUCUGGUUGGCGGCCCUUGCCGGACUCCGAAGCACCACCUGCCGAGCCAUGGCAGAUCCACAUGGGCGAGCGGCCCUACCCCUGCCAGGAGUGUCCCCACAGCUUCAAGAAGUGCAUCGCCCUCAAGCUGCACAUGUGGCUGCACACCGGCGAGAAGCCCUUCUCCUGCACGCGCUGUGGGGAACGGUUCUGGCUGUGCAAGGCACCGCUCUCCCACCAGUGGGCACGCAAUGCCCCCACGGAGCUCAUCUGCACUGAGUGUGGGAACAGCUUCCCCUGCCUGCGCAGUCUGGCUGCCCGGCGGCAGCGGGCAGACCCCUCCAUGCCCAAGGGAGCCCCCCGUGGGUCGCAGCCUGGCAGGGAGGCAGCCUGUACCGCUCAGCCCAGAGAGCGGGUGGUCAGCACCCAGGCCCCCUGCCCGGCCGAGUAA